AUCUACAGAUGGUGCUAGUUCACUAUUACACUUUGCAAACCGCUGAGAAACCACAAAAAGAAGAAAAGAAGGCGGUGUCAGACUGCACUAGUGCAUACGCGCCGCGGAGGAGAGGGAAGAUGGCGGAGAGGAACGUCGAGUUCGUGCACGAAUGGAGCGGACGGGGCCUGGACACGGCCGAGGACACGCUGGUCGCAAUGGAAACCCUGCUGGCCACGCUGAGGGCCUUCGAAGACGGGCUCAGGCAGCAGGAAUUGUCCGUGGCGUCGUCCGCGGACUACUGCGACAACUUCUGUCAGGCACUUAUGCACUAUGCUGGCAGCAGAAACUCCAUAGACCAUGGUCUUCCGCUUCUCGAGGUCUACUGCCUGUCGAUAAACUGCUUCGCCGCCGCCCGCUCACACCUCACCGCAGAGUCGGACAGAGUGACUCUUGUUUUGAAGAGGCUCGCUCUAAGCUGUUUUGAACUAUUUCUGUCAGUUCCCGAAAAUGAAAUCCCUUAUGAAGCUUGGGUUCAAUUCCACCAGUCUGUUCAGAUUGCACAUGACACCUUGUUACAGUACGGAAGUACGGACCUCCAAGCUUUACUGCAGAUCACAGGAGAGGGAGGCGCAUGGAGCAAUCUUGUCCUCGCCGCCCUCCUCUCUGGCCAGCCGACCGCCCAACAAGAAGUUGACGCAUACAUCUGCUUGGAGGGCGAGGGCUUCAUGGAGAUGCGCGUGAAGCAUCUGGAGAAGAUGGGCGAGGUGGCCAAGGCUGUGGUGCUGGCAAAAGCUUGCACAGACUGCAGCGCCAUCUCCAACCAAGCUACAUUUCGUCACACAUACGUCGCUCUGCUUUGCCAGCUGCUUCCCAAUGAAGAAGCCAUAAUGGAGAUAUCCAGGCAAGACUGCAAGGAUGUUCUUGAGAUUACCUCCAACUUGGAGACUGAGGGGGAGGAGAACACCGGCUUUAUUUUGUGCACGACCUUCCUGACGCAGCAGCUUCAGCAGCCCAGCCUUGACCACUCCUGGGAUCUGAUUCUUCUGUGGAGUAAACUUCAGAGGAGGCUGGACUCCUCACUUGUCUCUCUUCUUGAAAGAUGCCUUCAGCUGGGUGCCAUUGCCAAAACAGUGCAACAUUUGCUUUACCUGGUCCGUGUAAUUCAAACAGAGGCAGAGGCAGUGGGCACCGCUGCCUCAGUGGAGCUGUGUGUCAAAGCUCUACAACUUCCAAAGCAUGAUGACUCGGAAAACAGAAUCGGCAUCUGUAAUAUGGUGUCAGGCCUCCUUCUCAAUGAUCUGGAAGUGCGGCGUGCCUGCCUGCUCACAGAGUUCCUCCUUGGCCCCAGCCAGCAGGUCUUAAGCCGCCUCGAGGAGCUCUACCAGCGCCCAGACCAAAAGUAUGAUCAGGAGAGCGGCGUCAUCCCCAACUCGCUACGCUGUGAACUGCUGCUAGUGCUGAAGGCACACUGGUCCAUUGACCCUGAAUUUUGGGACUGGAAAACCCUCAAGUAUCACUGUAGCUCCCUUCUCGGGUUGAAACCUGUGUCGGAAGGGGAAGGUGAUGAGGAACAAAGUGAGAAACCACUCACGCUACAAGUCAACACACUGAUAGAAGAACUUGAGCACAAACCCUGUUUAAAUGGAAGUCUUCAUCUUCUCAAGCAGCCUGAUAAAAUGCCUAUUCACUUAGUUCAAGGAGAAGUGAGGAGAGCCAAGCUCUGUUGUCGGAUUUGUAAAAGGUCUUUCACUGAUGCUCAAAUCAUACACCACUCCAAAAGACACAUCGGGGACGACCAACACCCCUGCCCCAUUUGCUUGCAGAAGUUUAGGAACAGAAAAGAGCUUCUUCCCCAUAUGAGACAUCACAUCCAAAGCGAGACGCAUCAACACAGUAACAAUGUAAAGAUUGAGGAUGAUGAGAUGGAACCCGGGGAGAUUCCCAUUGAUCAGUCUUUAAUUUUGUAUUAUGAAUCUACGCGUGAUCCUGAAGUCCUGCAGCACAUUGUACAGCACGCCAAAACUGUCAAAGACAAGUGCGUGGACAACGAGCAUGUGACAUUCGAUUACAUAAACCAGCACUUCAGUCUGCGGAACAGGGAGGAGUAUUUCUGUCCUGGAACCGGGUGUUCCAGAGUUUUUAAACAUUCCAAGUACUUAUACGUGCACUUAAAGUCAGAUCAUAAAGGCGACGAGAACGUGAAGCAUUUUCAUCAGAUGAGAGAGCAACGGGAGAAGUGUGCCUUUUGCCGGCGCCAUUUUGUCUCUGCUUAUCAUCACCACAAACAUCGAAAAAUUCACUACUGUGACCAACCGUACAUGUGCGCGGUGAUGGCUUGUGGUGGCCGCUUUGGUUCUUCCAAUGAACUUGUGUUGCACAAACAGAUCCAUGGCUAUCAGCUAAACUACCAGUGUGAGCUUGAGGGCUGCUAUGUGAAUUACUCAGACCUGGGGCAACUUUAUCACCACGAGGCACAGCAUUUCAGGGAUGCUGCCUUCACCUGCCCAAGCCCCAUAUGUAAAAAAUUUUACUUUUCCAAAAGAGAAUUCAUAGAGCAUCUAUCCACACACAGCAUUACUUUCUCUGAAAAGGACUUUGAGGCUCAGAGGAAAGCAAAAGAGACCAUUUUCAAGGCUGAUUUGGAAAGGGCGGCCCUUGUUAAUAAUCAAGGUGAUACAGAAGGGAGUGUCAACGGAGAGUGUCAGAAAACUUCCUCAGAGAGUUGUGCCGCUUCCUGUCAACCAUCUGUCAACACCAAGCCCAAAGCAGUGCUGACCUUGGUGGCGAUGUGUUUCGAUGGAAGCAAGUUCACCUGUGGAUUUGAGAAGUGCGGUAUGACUUUCUCCCGAGCUAGAGAUGUCCAGAGGCACCUAAAACAUGCUCACCCAGAUCACCUUAAACUGGAGAACAAAGACCACAAACAAGACAAGGAGCGGGGUCCAAAGUGCAAAAAGAUCAAGACUGAAAUGGAGUCGGACAAUGAGGAAGAUGAAAACCAACUCUCAGCUCCAUGCUCACCAGGAGAAGAUUGGUACGAAUGCACGACCUCUCCCCCCCUUACAUCAACCCUAGGUAAAAAUGAUGUCCUUAAAGAAAUUCUCAUAGGGCUAAGUAGACUGGACCUCAAUUCUUUAUCCCCGCAAAGUGUACUAAAUAAGCCGCCUCCCUCCACGCAAGAAGCAAAUGCAUCCCUUCAUCGGGCUGUCAUAGAAAAACAACCCGUGGUUCUGCUUUCUAAAGCAUCUUCACAACUACCGAAAGGAAAUAUAACAGAAGAAAAAGCUGUUGCAUCACAUCUCGUCAAUUUUAAACCCUACUCUUGCGAGAUGGGAAAGUGUGGAUUUAGGACUGCACGGAGCAAUAGCUUGUUGCGCCACUAUGUUACCAUGCAUGGCCACACGCGUGAACAGGCCAAAAGAAUGUCUUGUUUUAAGGAUGCAUCAUUUAAGCCCUUUAAGUGUCAUCUGUGUUUCAAGAGUCUUAGAGAAAAAAGAGGGUUGAGGAGCCAUUAUAUUCGGACGCAUAAGCUCAGUAACAGUUUGGUGGACAAAUUUAUUCUUAGGUCUACAAAAGCUGCAACGUCCACAUUACAGAAAUUGAACCCAACGGUGAAGAUAGAAGUACCCAGUUGGGAACAUGAGAUGAAAAAAAAAAGUGACACUAUACAAACCCUGAGUAGUAGUUCUUCAUCUUUCGCUGUAAAUGUAGCUGAGAUUAAAGAGGAAGAAAGUGACCACAAGGGAGACUGUGAGGAUGGGCUUAUACCCCAGGUCAGAACAAGACGCUUGGUGGCCAAAAGUAAUCUCUGCUAUAUUCUAGAUAAAUUCAAUAAACCCUUUCAUUGUGUCGCCAAAAACUGCGAUGCAGCCUUCUCCACCCAGGUAGGCCUAGUGCGCCACCUUCAGCUCAUACACCAUUACAAACGUUCUCAGCUCUUGUUGGAACAAGAAGUGCAACACAAUCCUGAAGUAAAAAAGGAGAAUGUGAAGAAAAGCCCUUACCCAAACUCGGAUGAGCCUAAACCCCAGUAUAAAUGUCAGUUUGUCAACUGCAACGCCUCCUACCAUCUCAAGAGCAGUCUAGCGCGUCACACCCGCAUUGUGCACUCUCAGACGCCAGAGCUAAUUUGGUGCAAGUAUGAGGGCUGCGCUAAAGUAUUCACCCACACCGGCGCACUGAAAAAACACACUCUGUAUCGACACUGUCAGUACUACGACUCGUUGGUCGUACGGCUUCAGAGUACUCACAAAAAGUCAGUUACAGGAUGCCAAAAGAAGCUUAUAGUCACACCCGCGAACCCUGUUACACCUGUCUCAACCGGGACACCGGCAACUAUAGCCAAACAACCUGACCAGUCAGAGGAAGACAUUGAGGAUGUUACUGCAAACCAAAAAGAGUCAAAAAGGAGAAGACGUUUCAGUGCUUAUGUUUUCAGAUCGCAUGAAGAAGCUUUACAAAUGUGCCAAGACCGUUGUUUCCGUGUGGCCUACCCAUGCAUGAUUCAAGACUGUGACUCUGUCCUUAAGUACAUACAUAACUUAACCCGCCACUACAAAGCGGUUCACCACAUGCAAAGCGGGGAUCUUAAAGAAAAUGCCGACAAGCUCUUUUUCACUGCUGAGCGGCUGGAGGAGUUGAUUCAGUGGAAGUCAGCUCGGCCGACUGUUGCAGCCGAAGAGAACCCUCGUGGAGUGUGCAAAAUGGAGUAUCAGCCAGAGCCAGAGACGUCACAGGGACAGGCUGCACAGGUAAACCUGCACUCUGUCAAGGCAGAAACCCAAGGGGAGUUUCUUAAGGAUCCUCUGAGUUUCUCUGUGGAGGAGGUGCUGCCUCCUGUUGAGAGAAAUGGUGUCCUUGUCGGUGCCGAUGAUGUGUUGUAUGGCGAACCGAGUACCGGCACUCACGCUGAGGACUCUGUUGUAGCAAUGCCAAAUGGACACAAACAAGUGGAGAAAAUAUUAAACUUGGAACAAAUAAAACCCCUCCUUCGUCCCUUUACUAUCAAUCUCUCGCCGCCAUGCUCUGUACGCUUUCCUACAGAGGAGGGCCUCCAGGAUGCAUCCAAAGAUGAUGGUAAAAUGGCAGAAAAGUCUCCAUCAUCGCCUCUACCCGUGCGGCAGCCUCUCAAGCGGAAAAAUGAGCUCUCCGUGCAGCCAUCCAACGUGAUAGACCCUCAGGCUCUCGGCCCCCCGCCACACACUUUUGACAUUACCACGUACAAACCAGUUGGGUUCGAAGCUUCCUUCCUCAAGUUCAUACAAGACACCUCACCAAAAGACAAAAAUACACCAAUCGCCAAACGGCGAGAGACUUUCCGGCGCAGUUGUUCAGUCAAAGAAAACAAGCAGCUGGGAAUCUCGUUCACCCGAAGCAGACGCAGUCAUCCCAUGCUUCACAAGUCCCGCGGUACGACUGGGGAGUUCCCAUCGGUCCGAAAUCUGAAGUCCAUCCUGGACAAAGCCCUUGCUGGGUGUGGGGACCUGGCCAUCAAGCAGCUUCAGUACCUCAGACCCGUGGUGGUCCUGGGGAAGCCGAUAUGCACGGCCACCCUGCCUCACCUAUUCUCACCAGAUCCCAACAACAGUAAACUGCUUCCGGGAAGCAAAGUUUAACUGCAUCUUUUUAAUUGUAAUUCAACUGUUAUUCCUUUUCCAAAAUUGUUGUUUUUGUUGCUUAGGUUGCCCGGAAAUCAGCAGCACAAUAAAAUUCAAGCCUAGAUUUUUUUUUUCCCCCCUCUUUCUCCCCCCUCCCUAGCAAUUCACCCUUGCUGUGUAUAUACAUAAGCUUGUCAAGAUCUAUGUACAGGUUUACAGAUUGUUAGAAAUGCUUAGUUUUUGUGAGAGGCCUUUUUACCUGUGCCAAAAUUUAAUGUACAAACUAUUACAAUCAGUUCUUCCUACUAAAAUCAAGAUUGACUGAUUGGCACUUUUAAGUUCACAUGACAUAAGCGUGGCAUUUGCAGUGCUCAAGAGAUACCUGUGUAACCUAAUAAAUGUUAAAAUUAAGAAGUGUAUUUUUUUCUCAUAUCAUGCUUUGCAUUACACAAUGCUCCUCAGUUAAUAAUCUAAGUGAUACGUUGGCGUGAUCGGUUUAUAGGUUUGUCGUUAACAACUUUAUUAGUAAAACAAAAGUUUUGAGAAUACAGUUGUCGUUACAAGAAUGAAUUAAUUAUAAGAGGAAAAAUAGAUGAGAAUAGGCAUAAUAUUGUGAGACUUUUUUUGUGCAUUAAUGUAUACCUUAUGACUUCGAUAUAUGUAGCCUUAAUAUUCCAUCCAAACAAAGUACAUCUAGAGCAGGGGUCACUAACAUGGUGCCCAUGGGUGUAACCUCCAAGGACCAUAUGAGUACCCUGUGGGCCUGUUCUAAAAGUAGCUCACCAGUGAUGGGAUGUUGUGAUUUCCUCGCAAUGUUGAAAAAAUAAUUUGAAAAUGUUAAUGCACAUAUUUAUGGAAAUAAGGUGUUGCAUUUUGAUAUGUUUCCUAACUUGUAAAAUCAUUGUUAAUUAUUGUGAGAAAUCAUUAACAUAACCAGUGUCUUCACAUAGAUAAAAUGUAUUACUAAUUGAGCAUAAUUUGUGCAAUUUCAGAAGCGUGUAUCAAACAAAUCAGUACCCGAGAAGUACAGUCCCCUCCAAAAGUAUUGGAACGGCAAGGUCAAUUCUUUAGUUUUUGUUGUAUACUGAAGACAUUUGGGUUUCAGAUAAAAAGAUGAAUAUGAGACAAAAGUAAAUUUUUUAUUUCAUGGUAUUUACAUCUAGAUGUGUUAACUCAGGACUGCACAUUUUGUUUGAAGCCACCCACUUUUCAAGUGAGCAAAAGUAGUGGAAUGUGAUUUGUGGGUAUUUCUAAUUGCUCAGGUGUUGCCUUUUAGAUUGAUUGCUUAAACAUUAGUACUUGUUUUUGGCUUUGGUUUUCACCUGUGAAAACUGCAUUUUCUGUUAAGCAAACAUGAAGACCAGAGCGCUGUCAAUGGGAGAAGAAAAAACCAUCUUGAAGUUGAGAGAAGAGGGACAAUCGAUUACAGUUAUUGCACAAACAUUGGGCAAUUUGGUAUGUCCUGAAAAAGAAAGAAACUACUGGUGUACUGCGCAACAGACAUCGAACAGGUUGGACAAGGGUAUUAACAGCAGUUGAGGACUUAAACGUUGUGAAGAAACACCCAUAGACAAUAGUGACAUCACUGCCAACCUCCACAGGGCAGGGGUGAACAUAUCACAAUCCACGGUUCGAAAAAGACUUUGAGAGAAGACAUACAAGCUAUACCACAAGAUGCAAACCACUCAUCAACAAAAAGAAUCGGAAAGUCAGAUUGGAUUUUGCAAAGAAUAUCAGAUGAGCCACAAAGGUUUUGGACUGUUGAGACCAAGAUUAACCUUGACCAAAGUAUGGAAAAAGAAGGGAUCUACCUAUGUUCCAAAACACACAAGCUCAUGUGAAGCAUGGUGGAGGUAAUCCCAUGGCUUGGGCUUGCAUGGCUAUUUCUGGAACAGGCUCCCUAGUCUUUAUUGAUGAUGUAGCUCAAGAUGGUAGCAGCAGUAUGAAUUCUGAAGUAUACAAAACCACGUUGUCUGGCAAUUUACAGAAAAAUGCAUCCAAACUAACCAGGAGAAGCUUCAUCAUUCAACAAGACAAUGACUCAAAACACAGUGCCGACACAACAAAGGACUUCAUCAGGGGGGAAAAGUCAAAGGUCUUAGACUGGCCAAGUCAAUCACCGAACAUGAACCCAAUAGAGCAUGCAUUUUACCUUCUGAAGAGGAGAGUGAAGGGAGAAACCCCCAGAAACAAACAAGAACUGAAAGAGGCUGCACUAAAGGCCUGGAAAAGCAUUUCAAAUGAAGAAUGCAACAGUCUGGUGAAGUCAAUGGAUCGCAGGCUUGAUGCCGUUAUUGCAAGUAAGGGUUACACCACCAAAUAGUAAAUGUUAUUCACUUUAAGUUAAUUUAAUCAUGUCUGUUCCAAUACCUUCGCUCACCUGAAAAGUGGGUGGCUUCAAACAAAAGGUGCUCUGUCCUGAGUUGUUUAACACAUCUAGAUGUAAAUAACAAGAAAUAAAAGCUGGAAUUCUGAACUUUUGUCUCAUAUUCAUAUUUUGAUCUGAAACCUAAAUGUUUUCAUUAUACAACAAAAACAAAGGAAUUGACGUUGCAGCUCCAAUACUUUUGGAGGGAACUAGUUCUCAGUUUCAAGAAAGUUGGUGACCCCAGAUCUAGAGAGAGGUCAGCAGUGUACCAGCAUAUGAGGUUUCAAACUUUCGAAUGAUUCACAAAGAAGUAGGCAAAAGAAGGCAUGCUCGGUUAGCUCCGUAUUUACUAUUUUUCAUUUGAUUGUUUUAGAUUCAUGGCCUACAAGUGUUCAUGGAAAUAUUUACUGUGUGACUUUAGUACUACGUUAGGGUUCCGACAAUUAUGCACAAGCUGCGGUCGUAGGACCAGAACUCCAUUGUAAUAGCAAAACUGUGGACUUCUAGGAAGUAGCGUACAAGGGGGGGGGGGGGGGGGGGACAUCCCCCGGAGGGGGGCAUCCAACAACCCCACCCUCAGUUGGCGAUCGGCUGUAGGGGGCAUUCCAGCUGCCUGAGCAUCGAUCCUAAAACCGCUUUCCCGGUAGUGUAGGUUAGUGAUAGACAACAGCACGUUUCAAUUUUCAGACAAAUUUGGGUUACAUUGCCGCCAUCCGAACGGAACGAACAUUUGGUACCUAACCCUUCGGUGGGGACUUAACUGAUUUGAUCCACCUCAGUACUACUACUAUCACUUCACAAUUAUAGGAAGUCAAGUUUUUUUGACCAGCUCUUAAUCACAAAAGAGUCUCAAAAGGGCUUCACAAGGCACACAGUUGCCAAUGAUUGAUGACACAACCUAAUCUGAACCCCCAAUCGCUCAAGGAAAAACCUUUGGGGGUUUUCGGAAAGGGAUGAAUAAAACAGUCUACAACCAUACAACAAGCCAUUUUGCAAAGAUUUGCCCAAAGUUGUCAAAAAUCCACUUAAAAGGUCCAAAAACUGUGAGAGGCAAAUGUAAGGCAAUGCCGUCGAUAUAGAGAGACAACAUGGCGCCCUUCAACUAUCAUUCAUUCAUUCAUCUUGUGCGUGCUGGAGCCUAUCCCAGCUAACUUGGGACGAGAGGCGGAGUAUACCCUGAACUGGUCGCCAGCCAAUCGCAGGGCACAUAUAAACAAUUAGAGUCUUCAAUCAACCUACCAUGCAUGUUUUUGGGAUGUAGGAGGAAACCGGAGUACCCGGCGAAAACCCAUGCAGGCACGGGUAGAACAUGCAAACACAGGGAAGGCUGGGAUUUGAACUCCGGUCCUCAGAACUGUAAGGCGGAUGUGCUAACCAAUCCCCCCACCGUUCCGCCCCCUUCAACUAUGUGAUGUGGAUUUAAUCAAUGGAGAGUAGUUAGGUGAGUUCAGUGUCCACACUUUCUUUUCUACGGUUUUGGGGCAACCUAGUGUAUUUGAAAUAUGAUUGAUCGUGAUACUGUAUGAAAUAAUCUUUUUUUUAAUCUUGAUUUUUAUAUGUAUCCAUUUAGUUCUUUUUCCGGCAUAGUGCUGGACUGAUGACCACAUCUGCCUCACAGUUUAGAGGUCGUAGGUUCAAAUAUGAGCUCUGGCCUUCUUGUGUGGAGUUUGCAUGUUCCUCUGUGCUUGUGUGGGUUGUUUCCGGGUACUCCAAGUUUCUUCCCACGUUCCAAAAACAUGCAUGGUAAGUUAACUGAAGACUCCAAAUUGUCCCUUGGUGUCAAUGUGAGUGAAUGGUUGUUUGUCUUUAUGUUGUGCCCUGCGAUUGCCUGGCGACCAGUUCCGGUGUACCCUGCCUCUCACCCAAAGUCAGCUGGAAUAGGCUCCAGCUCACCUGCCAGGUGCCAAUUGUCCAAUCCUUUCUGUAUUUGUUAAUAUUUUCUUGAAUGACUGUUCUGUUUGUAUUGAUUGUUAUACUACUAUACCUCUAUAUGAGUAAAAUGUUUAAAUCUGUCCUAAUUGUACUGUAAACUGUUAUCCAUUGCAAUAAAAAAAAAUUUGAUUGGUUUAAGAAAGUGUGCCAAUGCCUCAACUGAUUCUGAUGCCCCUGGGCAGAUUAGAGUGGCGUGGCAUCCCAGAGACUGACAUCUGAUUGGACAAAAAUAAAUGAAUAAAUCCAACAUCCACAUAGCUACUGACUGGAGGCUGUUUAUCCUUGACAAAUGUUAUGAAAUGAAGAGAACAGACUCUUGCAAAUACAUUUAGUUUUCAUGCAACAAAUAUUAGUUCUUAGUAAUGAUGUUGAGGAACAGAGGCUUUUUGAAGCAAUGACUAACUUUGGGACAAUUGGCCUAAAAUGAUUCACUGCUUCGAAGCAUUUGACACACUUAAAAAGUGCUCCAUCGGUCGCCUAAACCAGCAUAUUUCUCUUCAAGGGAAGCGUUGCCAAAGCUUCUUUCAUGGCUGUCAUGUGUUUCACUGUUACAUGUGUCCAAUAAAGACCUAUAUUAGUUGUC